CCUCAGUCCCUCACUAUCAUUAUCAGCUACUCUUUUUCUGUUCAUAUUUUGGUACUGGUAUUUUAGAGCUUCAAAAACAAAAACACACACACACACACUUAUUACUAUUAUUACUUUUACUAAUAGCACUACAACUACAACAGCAACUAGAAUUAGUUAUCUAUAUCUUAUUUUUCCUUAGCAGGAGGGAUCGAGGUAAGGUAACUUAGCAGCAUCCAUUUCUUUCUUUCUUGGUAUAUACAUAUAUACCUCCUCUGCUCUGCCCUGCCUUGCCUUGCCUUAAACAGAACCAAUAUAUCACUUAUAUAUGAUGGAACAUAUUAAGAUAGUUUUAUAAUUUAGUAUAGUAUAUGAGAAUGAGAAUGGGGGGUCUGUUGUUAAUGUUCUGCUCUUCAUUAUUAUUCUUGUUAUGUUGUUGUGGUGCUAGUAAUAAUAGUAAUUCGCAAAUGAAUUCUGAUGAUGGUUUAAACUUAUUAUCGCUUAUGACUAGCAACCACUGGAUAUCACCCAUUCUUUCUUCUACUUGGAACUCCACCAACACCACGCCUUGUUCAUGGGCUGGGGUUGCUUGUCAUCCCAUCACCAAUCAUGUUGUGGCUCUUAACUUGUCCGGUUUCAUGAUUUCCGGUCACCUGAACAUGGGCCCUCACCUUUCUACCUUUAAACAUCUUUCUUCUAUCGACUUUAGUUACAAUAGUUUUACUGGUCCCAUACCUCCCCUGUACUCUUCUCUCCUUGAACAUCUGGAUCUUUCCUACAACUUCCUUUCCGGUCCCAUCCCUCCGACACUCGCCACUUUGCCCCGUUUAAAAUGCAUUUUUCUUUACAGCAAUAACCUCACCGGUUCUAUCCCUUCUCACUUUUGUAGCACUAAUUCUCCUCACCUUGAAGAAGUUGAUUUCUCCCUCAACCGCCUCUCUGGGGAUAUACCACGCACCCUCUUCUCCGGUGGUUGCCGUCAUCUAACAUCUCUAAGUCUUUACGGCAACUCUCUUUCCGGUCCUAUACCCGACUCCUCCUCAUUCCCCACUCGCUUGGAGUUUCUUUAUCUCAGUUCUAAUCAGCUUACCGGCUCCAUUCCCUCGGGUUUAGGUAAACUCCGCAACCUAGUAGAUCUGCAGUUGAACAACAAUCGAUUCUCGGGUUCUAUUCCCUCGUCCAUUGGGAACUGUACUAGUCUGCAGACACUCAUUCUUGCUAACAAUCGUUUCACCGGUACGUUGCCCGUCACCCUAAAUCAUCUCAACCGCCUUACAACUCUAGAUGUCCACAACAACACUUUGCAUGGUACCGUUGAUUUUGGUGGUGUCAACUCAUCAUCAUGUAAAGACUUGGUCUAUCUGGAUCUGUCUUUGAACCACUUUCAUGGUGUCCUUCCUCAUCAACUGGGAAACUGUAGUAGCUUAAACCAACUUGCUGCCGUCAGCUGUGGUUUGAGCGGUUCCAUUCCUUCUUCUCUUGGACAACUCGCUUCGUUGACCACCCUCCACCUUUCUCUAAACAGUUUUUCUGGAAAACUACCCCCCGAGCUUGGCAAAUGCAAAUCCUUGGUUGAUCUGGAACUCCAUGCCAAUCUCCUCGAGGGCAAAAUCCCAGAUGAACUUGGAAACCUAACCCAAUUGCAAAUACUUCAAUUAUUUGACAACCGUUUGACAGGAAAGGUCCCUAUGGGAAUUUGGAGGAUUAAAGGCCUCAAGAAGCUCAACAUAUAUAACAAUAACUUGUCUGGGGAACUACCCAGCGAGCUUGUCGAAAUGAAACAUUUAAGUGAGAUCACGUUGUACAACAAUCGCUUCACUGGAGUUAUACCACAGGCCUUGGGGAUCAAUAAUAGUUUGACAGUAAUUGAUUUUACCAAUAACUCCUUCACUGGGAAAAUCCCACCAAACCUUUGUUUUCGGCAGCAGCUGCAAAGGCUGCUUUUGGGCUUUAAUCACCUGCGAGGUUGUGUACCUCCUGACCUUGGAAGCUGUUCUAGUCUUUCAAGGUUAGUUCUGCAGCAUAAUAGCCUCAGGGGAGUCCUUCCAGAAUUUGUGGAUAACCAUAACAUGCUCUACAUGAAUCUUAGGGGCAACUGUUUCAGUGGACAAGUUCCACAUGGCUUUGGAAAGCUUACAAAUAUCACAGAAAUCGAUCUCUCGAUGAAUAACUUCUCUGGUAAUAUACCCACGGAGCUGGGAAACCUUGGGGAGCUUCAAGCUCUCAAUAUUUCUUACAACAAGUUACACGGCCCUCUGCCAUCUCAGCUGCAAAGUUGUAGCAGGUUGUUGGAAUUUGAUGCCAAUCAUAAUAUGCUAAAUGGCUCCAUCCCACCCACGUUUGGGAGGUUGUCACAGUUGUCAACUUUAUGUCUAAGCGACAAUCACUUCUAUGGGGGAAUUCCAGAGUUCCUAUCCCAACUAAAAGAUCUAAUUAAUCUUCAACUAGGUGGGAAUUCAUUGGAUGGAAGUAUCCCAUCAUCUAUAGUAGAACUCCGUAGUUUGAAUAGGUUGAAUCUCGGCCGCAACAGACUGAUUGGUGAUGUUCCCUCACAUUUAGGGAAAAUGUUAAUGCUCCAGUAUUUGGAUAUUUCAGACAACAAUCUAACAGGGACUUUAGCAUCACUUAGUGAUAUCCAUGGACUGGUCAACUUGAAUGUCUCGUAUAAUCAUUUUGAAGGUCCAAUUCCGACAUUUUUGUUGACAUCUCCCAACAUAUCAUACUCUUCUUUCUUAGGAAAUCCAGGCCUUUGUGCUGACUGUGGCUCUAUUUGUGUAAAAAACAGCAAGGUCAACCCAUGCAUUGUUCGAUCAACCAAUCAGAAACAGCUGAAUAAACAGGAAUACGUAAUGGUAGCCGUUGGAAUGUGUCUAUUUGUGGUGGUUGUGCUGUUAGUGAUUUAUCUGGUGGUUAUCUGUCACAGAAAACAAAAACAGGAUAUCGACAUGCUUGCGGACAUGUGUGGUGGUUCGUCGCUGCUCAUAAAAGUACUAGAAGCUACUGAGAACUUGAAUGAUAAGUAUAUUAUUGGGAGAGGUGCCCAUGGAACGGUGUACAAGGCUUUUUUGGGUCAUGAUAGGGUGUAUGCGGUAAAGAAACUUGUCUUUGGAGGAACAAAAGGAGGACAGAGUAGCAUGAAACGAGAAGUUGAGACGGUUGGGAAGGUGAGGCAUAGAAAUCUGGUGAUGAUAGAAGACAUGCUGAUAAAAAAAGAUUAUGGUUUGAUCUUGUACAAGCAUAUGGAAAAUGGUAGCCUGCACGAUGUCUUGUAUGAAAGAAACCCCCCUAUAGGUUUGAACUGGAGUAGUCGGUACAAGAUAGCUUUAGGAACUGCACAGGGUUUGGCAUAUCUCCACUUUGACUGUGAUCCUAUUAUUGUGCACCGGGAUAUAAAACCGAUGAACAUACUUUUGGAUGGUGAUAUGGAAGCUCAUAUAUCAGAUUUUGGCAUUGCAAAGCUGCUGCAAGAUCAUUCUAGUGCUUCCCAACCAUCAACUACAUUUAUGGGCACGAUAGGAUACAUUGCUCCAGUACUUGCAGAGAAUGCAUUUGGAAGCACAAAAGGGAUGGAAUCAGAUGUAUAUAGUUAUGGGGUGGUGCUGCUAGAGAUGAUAACUAGACGAGGACACAAUAAGGCGAAUGAAGAGAUGGACAUUGUGUCAUGGGUUGGGUCGACUUGGAGUGAGAGGGUACAAGUUGAGAUGAUUGUAGAUCGGGAGCUUUUAAAAGAAGUUGAAGAAGAUCCAAUUGUAAAAAAACAAGUUGUAGAGGUGUUAAUGGUGGCGUUGAGAUGUACAGAAUGGGAACCAACAAGAAGACCAUCCAUGAGAGAAGUAGUCAAGCGUCUUCAAGAUACACUAAUAAACAUGUAGCACGCACUAGUUUCUUAGGUUUUGUUUGUUACAAGUUUGUCCAUCCUAAGUCAUCAUGUGGUUCGAAAUAACGGCUUAAAAUGGUGUAUAGUGAAGCGGCUAUGUUCUUGAUCAAUGGCAAAAUCCAGACAAGAAAGCAAGGCGUCUAGCAUUUUCAUUUUCAUCCUUCGUUUUGACUGGCACCCACAUUCACAAUUCCACACCCACAUAACUACUCCUCACAUUUAGCAUUAUUAUUAUUGUGGCUGGAGAGGGACAAGCAGUAUACUACAGUAUUACAUACAUUUUUUGUGCUGCUUUUAUGCGACCAGGAAGAAACAGAAAAGAAAUGAAGCCCAGCUCAGCAAAGACCAGCAACCUUUUUCAAUAUGUGGAUUGCUUUGUGGUCGGCAGAAAAAAAAAUGUGACACACAAUGAAUAUUAAAUGGAUAUGUGUUUUGAUGCUUUAUAUUAUGGCAUUGAGGGUGGAUUCCCCUUUGAAAA